AUGCGCGCCGACCGCCUGGCCCAGCUGCGCCAGGAAACCGUCGACAUGUUCUACCAUGGCUACAGCAAUUAUAUGCAGCAUGCCUUUCCCGAAGACGAGCUACGGCCGCUCUCUUGCGCGCCCUUGACGCGAGACCGCGACGACCCGACGCGCAUCGGCCUCAACGACGCCCUGGGCAACUACUCGCUCACCCUCAUCGAUAGCCUGUCGACGCUGGCCAUCCUCGCUGACGGCAUUGCCCAGUUUGUCCUCCACUACGGCGACGGCCGGACGGGCACCCCGGGGGGCACGGGGAUUCGCGCGGCGGGUUUCGACCUCGAUAGCAAGGUGCAGGUUUUCGAGACGGUCAUACGCGGCGUGGGAGGGCUGCUGAGUGCCCACCUGUUCGCCAUUGGCGAGCUGCCAAUCCCCGGAUACGUUCCGAGACUGUACGACGGCCAGCUCCUGCGACUGGCUCUCGACCUCGCCCAGCGCCUCCUGCCCGCCUUCUACACCACCACCGGGAUACCGUAUCCCCGCGUCAACCUCCGCUCCGGCAUCCCCUUUUACGUCAACUCGCCGCUGCACCAGGCGUCGGCCGACGAGGCCACCCGGGACCUGACGCUCGAGUUAACCGUCCUCAGCCGCCUGACGGGGGACGCGCGCUUCGAGCAGGCGGCCAAGCGCGCCUUUUGGGAGGUCUGGCGCCGGCGGAGCGAUAUUGGCUUGAUUGGAAACGGCAUCGACGCCGAACACGGCAUGUGGAUCGGGCCGCAUGCCGGCAUUGGCGCCGGCAUGGACAGCUUCUUUGAGUAUGCGCUCAAGAGCCACAUCCUCCUCUCGGGCCACGAGACGCCGGCCCCCAACGCGUCCGCCACUCGCCGAGGUUCCUCCUCCGCAUCAACCUCCGCCGGAGACAACCACUGGCUUGACCCGGGCUCCCUCCACGGCCCGCUGCCGCCCGAGAUGCAUUCGUCCGACGCCUUCCUCGAGGCCUGGCACGAGGCGCACGCGUCGGUCAAGCGCCACCUCUACACGGACCGGAGCCACUUCCCCUACUACGCCAACAGCCACCGCGCCACGGGCCAGCCCUACACCAUGUGGAUCGACAGCCUGGGAGCCUUCUACCCGGGCCUGCUGGCGCUGGCGGGCGAGGUGGACGAGGCCAUCGAGGCCAACCUCGUCUACACGGCCCUCUGGACCCGCUACUCGGCGCUGCCGGAGCGCUGGUCGAUCCGCGAGAACAACGUCGAGGCCGGCAUCGCCUGGUGGCCCGGCCGGCCCGAGUUCAUCGAGUCCACCUACCACAUCUUCCGUGCCACCCGCGACCCCUGGUACCUGCACGUCGGCGAGAUGGUGCUCCGCGACAUCGGCCGGCGCUGCCACGCCCCCUGCGGCUGGGCCGGCCUGCAGGACGUGCGCACGGGCGAGAAGCAGGACCGCAUGGAGAGCUUCUUCCUCGGCGAGACGACAAAGUACAUGUACCUGCUCUUCGACCCGCACCACCCGUUCAACAGCCUCGACGCCGCCUACGUCUUCACCACCGAGGGCCACCCCCUGAUCCUGCCGCGGCAGAAGCAGUCGACGCCGCCCACGACCCGGCGCCAACGGAAGCGACGGCACGUCUCCGUCUACAAGCAGCACGACGACGGCGACGGGGCCGGCGGCAACGGCGGCGAGGGUUUCACCAACACGUGCCCCGCGCCCCCCCGGCCGCCGGCCGACUCGCUGGCCGGAUCGGCGACGGCGGCGCGGCCGCAGCUAUUUGGCGCCUCGCGCUUCACCGACCUCUUCAACACGCCCAACGUCCACGGCCCCAUCGAGGCCUUCGAGGCCGACGGCGGCGAGCCCGGCGCGCCCCCCGUGACGCGCUACCGCGCCACGUCCAACCACUCCCUCUUCCCUUGGACCCUGCCGCCCAGCAUGCUGCCGGCCCGCGGCACGUGCGCCGCGCCGCCCACGCGCGUCGUCUCGGCCAUCGAGUUCCCCGCCCGCGACGCCGCCGCCGCCGCCGCCGCCCUGGCCGCGGGCCUUGGCGGCAUCGCCUCGGGUGCGCUCGUGUGGCACCCCCGUGCCGGGCCCGUGGUCCAGGUCCUCGAGGGCCUCCGCCUCCAGCUCGAGAGGGAGGAGCUCGUCGGCGCCGGCGCCGUCGCGUGGAGAAUCACGCACAUCGGCGCCAUGCAGCUGGGUCGCCGCGAGACCGUCUUUUUCCACGCAGAGCACGUCCGCCACUUUCGGGACGAGGCCUUCACCUGCCUCCGGCGCCGGGACGCCAUCGAAGUGGAGCUGCUCGUCGACGUGCGCUCCGGCGAGGGCAACGCGACGACGACGGCGCCGCUGCCCGACGGCACCGUUCUUGUCUCGGACCCAUCUCCCUCGUGUCCCCCCCCUCCCUCCUUGUCCAAUGACAACGACGACGAAGACGAGGCCGUCGCGUCCAUGCCCUCAGAGUCGCUGCUCAAACACCUCCUCCGCGCCGUCUCCUCCGUCUUCGACCCCUCGCAGACAGACCUCCCCGCCACCGACAAGUCAGCCCCGCGCGGCGCCACCGGCACCGGCACCGGCGCCUCCAUCCUCUCCUUUUACGCCCACGCGCCCGUCGGCCCCGGCGCCGCGCCCCUCCCCCACCCGGGCGACACCCCUGUCGACGGCUCCCCCUCGUUCGACGCCCGCCGCCCCGCCGCCAACUUCCCCUGGUCCACCGUCUUCCUCGGCGGCCGCGCCUGCGCCGCGCCCCUCCCCGACGCCGCGCCCCGCGACCACCAGCUCAUCGUCCUCCGCCGCGGUGGCUGCUCCUUUGCCCAGAAGCUCGCCAACGUCCCUGCCUUUACUCCGAGCGCAGACGCCCUUCAGCUCGUCGUCGUUGUCGACGACGAGGCUGACUCCGCCGCCGCCGCCGCCGCCGACGACGACGACGAACAAGACGCCGUCUCGUCGCGCCUCGACCCCACUGCCCUCGACAGGCCCCUGUUGGCUGCCGAGCAGCUCGCGCCCGACGGCUCCAAGAGGCUCAAUGGCGUGCCCAUGGUGCUCGUCCGCGGCCAUGAAGGCGACUACGAGCGCUUCGGCCGUGCCGUCGCCGCCGGCAUGCGCAACAAGUACCGCCUCGAGAGCCAGGGGCUCUUGAUUGUCAAUGCCGUCGUCAUAUAG